AUGACUAAUGUGACACCAUCAAAUGGUAAAUAUAAAAUUUCCCGAAGAGGGCGGAAGCUCCAAGUCUCUGAUGACCAGCGGACCCUGGUGGCUUUGCCAAAGGAUGUUCCUGAACGGACUUGGGCCGAAAUCCUUCAAAAAGAGGAGAACGACCUGAUAGUCUUCGACAUCAGGGAGGAGAUCCUGGAGAACGCACUAAAGAUUGGCUACGAGAAAUAUAUGGACAAACAAGUCGCCGUCUUCACCGUGCACUGCGCCACUGAGGCCUGGCUGAAACUCAUAGACUGGCACUUUUACCGCCACGAUCCUGGCGAAGAUUCCAGCGCCCAUCCUGCAUGCUACAUCCCAAAACGCGAGGAGUCUUGGAUCCCAGAUGAAAUCCCAGAUCCUUCCCCAAAGGACACGUGGAGCAGACAGGAACUGGCCGUAGUAGAAGAUACGCCUGAGCCAGUGAUACAGAAGUGGCCCAGCUCAUCUUCACUGGAUAUGCCCGUCAUUGAAGAAAUACCUUCGGAAUAUUGGUUCCCUGGCAAGAUCAACAUACCAUCGGCAUUGCCCAAGGGACCCAAGAAAGAACGACGUGAGAAAACAGAGAGCUACGAGGAGUCUACCACCGUGAGCCAGCCCACGUCGGAGGAGUUCUUGAAUACGGAGAGCGAAGUGCUGCAGAAGGUGACCGACUACAGCACCGAGGAAUUCACCGAAAAGGAGUCAUCGUUCGGUGCUCUGAAGACCACGACGCCGGUGGACGGGUCGCUGCACGGCGCUGGCGACUCCACCGUCGUGCGGCCCAAGAGGCGUCUCACGGAGAAGAGCAAGAGCUUCAUGAAGCCGGGAGGCCGAUCGAAAGCAACGUUGCCUCCAAUCGACACUGGAGACUCGCGCUCUCGCAUCAGCAUCAUUUCCGACUGUCGCCUAAGAAAUCUCAGAUUAGACACCCAGUACGAAAUAACAUCGGAAAAGGUGGACACCCCACCUGGAGAGAUUGUCAAGAGGAAGUAAUUAGUAUUUAAUAAUUACAAAUUUACGAAAAAUUUACAAUGUAGUUAGCUACUUAUUUAUUAGAAGUUGAUUCCAAGGAUCCUAGUGUAAUAGAGGGUUAAAUUAUUUACGAAUUUGUUUAUUGUACUUAUUUUAAUACAUUUGGCUUAUAAGGUUUA